UUAAUUUAAUCGCCUAAAGCAUAUUACUUUUAGAUUUCACAUGCGAAAUACAUAUAUCGGUUGUAAAAUAUACAGUUAAUCCAUCGCAGGACAUUUAAAUGGUGAACUCAAAGAUUAUGAAAAUAUUUUGGCUUUUUUUGAUCGCGGCCAAUAUAAGUGCAAACGAAACAAAUGACGUCAAGACAAUAUUCGAGCAACUUGAAGUCGUUCCAGAUGUUGUACCAAGUGCACCAAACCGGUUUCUAAAAGUGACGUAUGCCAACGACUUGGAAGUGAAAGCGGGCAUAGAACUCACACCAACUCAAGUAAAGUCACAACCUGUGGUAGAAUGGGAGGCGGAUCAAGAUUUAUUUUACACACUUAUAAUGACAGAUCCAGACGCACCAAGUCGCAAUGCACCAAAAUUUCGCGAGUUCAAACACUGGCUAGUGGGUAACAUCCCAAACAAUGAUAUUUCAAAAGGUGAAGUUCUAAGCGCUUAUGUUGGCUCAGGACCUCCAAAAGAUUCAGGACUGCAUCGUUAUGUAUUCUUGCUGUACAAGCAGAAUGGAAAGUUGGAAUUCACUGAGGCAAGAGUUGGAAAUAACAGCAGAGAAGAACGUCCUAAUUUCCGUACAGCUAACUUUGCUUUAAAGUAUGACCUUGAUUAUCCUGUAGCAGGCAACUUUUAUCAAGCGCAAUGGGAUGAAUAUGUUCCCUUCGUUCAUAAACAGCUUUCAGGCAACUAACACUAUUUGAUAUAUUGAUUUGGUUUGUAUUCAAUUGUAAAUAAUUUCUUUAAUUAAAUAACACUUGUUCGGCUGCUUUCAAAAUUA